AUGUCAUCUUUUGAAGAGUCCGAAGCUUCUUCUUCGGGGGCAGAUGAAUCCACGGAGGAGGAGGAAGAAGACGGCGACGACGAUGUCAUGGCACUACUGAACAUGGCACGAACACGGGCUGCAAAGCCUGGCACUGAUCGGGUAACGGCGGUCAUGGAAUCUGCUCGUGAACUGGCUCCAUUUCAUAAUGAAGCGGACGUCUUGGCACUACUGGAAAAGGCCAAGGCACGGGUUGCAGAAAUCAAAGAAACCCAAGCAAACAUGGAUUCCUCGGAGCAGUCGCAGUAUGUCUCGUCCAUCAUGUCAUCCAUGCGGGAACUAGAGAGCAGCCAAGACGAAGAUGAUUUUGAAGCAUUGCUGGAAAAAGCAAAGGCUCGGAUCAAGCGGGGAACGAUCAUUCCCACGACUGCUCCUCCUGACAUCAAGGAACCAGAUUCGUCUUCUUCUGGAGCAUCCAAGAAACUCAAUGUGGAACCAAAGCAAUCGGCCAGCAGCAUCGAGACUGACGAAGGCGAAGAAGAGGACGACUUUGUGGCUGUGCUAGAAAAAGCCGACAGCUCUCGAGCGGCCACGUUCCAGGCAACCAUGAGGGCAGAACAGUCAUUGAUGCAGGAUUCAUUUCAAGGGAUAGGCGCGUCUUUGGCAGAAGAACAGCCGUCCUCGUCAGAGCUAUCUCCGGCGCCACGCCUUACUCGAUCGAAUUCGGAAGAAUUUAUCGUAGCCUCUCCCACUCCGCGUACGCAACAGUUCCAACGAAGUGGUACUGUCUCUGGAGAUUUUGCUCGUGGAGGAGCCAAGACGCAUGAUCUACUAGCCGGAGGAAGCGGAAGCACAAGUCGACCUGGAAGUAGUUCACCUACGCGACAACAGCCAUCUUACAAAAAGCCUCUUAAGGACCACUCCUCUCGGUCUAGAGGCGCCACGCGCACAGGAUCCAAUCCAAACCUUAGCGAUAGCCCGACGCGCUCUGGAUCCAAUCGGAGCUUACGCAACAGUCCAGCGAGGUCGGGAUCGAAUUCAAGCCUCCGUAGCAUUCCCUCGGACAGGAACGACGAAACUACAUCUGGUCAAACGACGAAAGAUCUCAAGCACUCGUCAGUAUCACAUCUCAACUAUCAUGCGAGAAAGAACGAUGAAGAAGAUGACGACUUUGACAUGGGCUUCCCGCCGCCCCUCACACAAAAGGGGAGUUUGGAUGCUCACCUAUUCCACCAAAAGGGAAGGGAUGAACCAAUGUCCAGGAUAAGUGGUACAGAUACGAGUAUGGGAUCUGUGGAUGUGACCAUCUUGUUGGAUGACUAUGACACCAAGAGCAAGAUUGGUGACUUGAAGGUCAAGCCAGGUACAGAUGCUACCAAGGCAGCUUCAUCGUCCGCUAAGGACAAGUCUGCUAGUACCUCGUUGUUUCCACAACGCAAGCCGGCGGUUGAUCAGAGUGUCAACCUCAUGGAUGCCAACGCAGGACAAUACGAAAGUGGCAGUAUCGGAAGUAGUGGCAGAUCCAGCGUUUCCGGAAGUGGCAGACGAAUGGGUGCUCCAUCACGACCAAAGAAGUACGCCUCCCGGCCACAGAGAAAGGACAGGGUUAGUACAACUUUUCUUGGUCUCAUCUCGGAAGCCUAUGUGGAAGACUCGACACUAACCUACCAGGAUGACUUCUCCCAUGCAAAAAAGAAGCAAACGUACUUUUGUAGCUGGACCACUUUUAUUAUCUUGGUCAUCAUUUUUGCGGCUGGAGCUGCGGUGAUACUCUUUGUCCCCUCUGUGUCGAAUGUGGUGGGUGUUGGUGAAGCAUCAAAGUCAGGAGUCAACCUCGUUGAUGUUCUCGAGGUGCAAGGCAAUGACCAAGACAACUUCCGCGAUGGGACCGUUAUGCUUCCUCCUCAUCCUGUCAAGAUCUCAUCUGGAAUGACAGCUGAGCUGAGUGAGUUGACACAAAUAGUCACGUCCCUACAGAAAAAGAUGUCUGAGCUACAAGCUUUGAUUGUAAAGCAUAGAGUCUCAAAAACUGGCGACUUUGAUUGGGCACACUUCCAUGAUGACUACGAUCAAUUCAAAUUAAUGAACCCGCAAACAAAGGCUCUCGUAUGGCUGGCACACCAAGGCACGUUUCACGGGGAGCAAGAACAUGACUUCCAGCACCACAGGCUACUCCAACGGUAUGCCCUAGCUGUCUUGUACUAUUCAACUCAUGGACGGCACCCUCCAAGACUCGAUGCAGCGACCAUUAUAGAUACUGCAAACACAGAUUUCUUCCCGUCGUCAUUCUUGUAUCAUAUGGAACAUGAGUCUUCCUGGUUCCAUAGCCAUCAUUGGUUAAGCAAAAAGUCGGUCUGCACCUGGCGAGGAAUUGGUUGUGACCCCGAGGCAGCUGAAAAUGAAAAGAUCAUUGCUCUGAACCUCACGCACAAUGGGCUGUGUGGAACAUUUCCUUUGAGAGAGAUGACAGUAUCGCUCGGUUGGAGCCUCCGGUCCAUUGACUUGAGUGGAAAUCAUAUCACUGGAGACUUGAGCCUACGUGAGCUGGAAAACGAAACCGCCAUCAGUGAAUUGGUUUCAUGGCCACAUCUUCGGAAACUGCGCAUGCAAGACAAUCAACUGGGUGGCAAUCUCCCCAUUGACUGGAUGCAUACGUGCAAAGACAUUGAAGAGAUCAACCUAUCUGGAAAUGCUUUUGUGGGGACUUUGCCUGACCAUGCAUUUCAGUACUCAGAGAAUCUUCGAAGAAUUCAGCUUGAUCACAACCAGCUGGCAGGCAGGGUCCCCGUUAUAGGUCACCUGGAAAAGCUAGAGCAUCUUGAAAUCCAAGACAAUGUUUUUACGGGGCCAUUUCCAACAGGGGUUUUCAUGCUCACAAGUCUGCUGGAGCUGAGGGCAGGGGAUAACCUCUUCAGUGGUACUUUGUCAACAGAUUUGGCCAACAUGAUCAAUUUAGAGGUCUUGACAGUCGAAAACAAUAGGCUCCAUGGAGCGGUUCCCGAUGUCUUCUACACUCUUCCCAACAUGACACAACUCUCUCUGCGAGGAAACAACUUUACUGGGCAGCUCCCGGAGAGCUUGGCAGCAACGGAAAGACUUGAAGCCCUGGCUUUGGAAGGCAACAGUUUCUCUGGUACUCUCUCCUCUAGUCUUUCUGGCUUGACUAACUUGAAAUCACUGCUCUUGUUCAAUAAUCAUCUGACUGGCAAGAUCCCGGAUGAAGUGUGCUCUUUGAAAGAAGGUUUUUUCAACUUCAAACGGCUCCGACACAUUGCUGCCGACUGCUCUUUGAAAGUUGCGUGUUCUUGCUGUGACGAAUGUUACUAA